GCGCUUCCCGGCGUCCUCUCCGAAGGCGGAAAAGCGGGGAGGAGGAGCGCAGCGCGUCCGUGUCACCUGCCGACGGGGCUGCUGCUGGCCUCGAGGGCAGGGUCUCCCCCGAGCCGUGCGCCAUGGCGUCGGAGGGGCCGCGGGAGCCCGCGGGCGAGGGCAUCAAGUUGUCAGCAGAUGUCAAACCGUUUGUCCCCAAAUUUGCUGGGCUCAAUGUGGUGUGGUCAGAGUCUUCGGAAGCUCGUGUGUUCCCUCGCUGUGCAGCCCCGUAUUAUCCGUGUGCUCAGGAGCUGCCGGGGCCUGAGCAGAAACUCUACACUGAAGAUGUGGCCUUUGGAGCUUCAGCUUUUCCACCUCAGUAUCUGUCCUCUGAGCUCGCUGUCCAUCCGUGCGGCUACUCUCCUUACCCCGUGGAGUCUACACCGCGCGUGUGCCCGGUGCCCGGCGCCCCGUAUGCUUACGGCCACCCCGGCUGUUACCGAGCAUUUCAGACCCCGAAGCCACGGAGCGAGCAGGUGUGCGCUCUCUGUCAAGGCACAAGAGCUGUGUUUAAGAAAAAAAUGUAUGAUGAACAAAAGUUUGAUAGCAAGAAGGCUGACGGAUCUCUGCCAUCUGAUCUAAAAUCAGAUGGUUAUCACAGACGAACGGACAGGAAAUCCAGAAUCAUCGAGAAAAGUGCAUCUGCCUCCAAACCAGGGUUUGAAUUUACCAGGAUGGAUUUUCCUGAACUGCAGGGUCCAGAGAACAGGGAGAUCGCAGAGACACGGAAGCAGCCCCGGUGGGGGCCUCUGCGCUCCGCCUCAGCUGACCUCUCUCUCCUGGGAGAGGUGGGGGAACCCGCCGCAGCCGCGGGGACAGCAGAGAUUUUAAGAACGGCAAGGGACGCCGUAUUUAGAAAUGAAGCGAUUGCUUUCACUUUGCAACAGCAGGAAAAUGCCGGUUUGCCUUUUAGGGUGAAGGAGCGGCGAGAAGCCCGAGCGCGGCCGAGUCCGUGGCCGCCGGCGCCGCAGCCGGGCCCUCCUCGUGCGCCAGAGACAUUAUCUACAGAACGGCCACCGGCCCCUAAAAACGUUACUUCCAUGAUAAACCUAAAGACGGUUGCUUCAUCAGCAGACCCCAAAAGCGCUAGUAUGUCACCCUCUGAAGUUUUCUCUGCGGACCCUUCCUGCAAAGAGAAACACGUCCACCCUACUAAAAAGUCCAAAGCGUCACAAGGUGGCGAUCCUGAGCAAAAUGAAGCCUCAAGAAAGCAUAAGAAAAAGAAAGAAAAGUCUAAAUCGAAAUACGAAGUUUUGACCAUUCAAGAGCCGCCAAGGAUUGAAGACGCCGAGGACUUUCCCAGCCUGGCUGCCGCGUCUGAGCGCAGGGACCGAGGGGCAUCUCCACGACUUCAGUCCAGACAGCAGCCACAGAAUAAUUUUAAAAACAGUGGAAAGAAGAGCCAGGUUCCAGUACAGCUGGAUUUGGGGGGGAUGCUGGCAGCCUUGGAAAAGAAGCAGCACGCCCAGAGCACAAGAGCGUCCUCCAAGCCGGUGGUGUUCUCGGUUGGGGCGGUGCCGGUUCUCUCCAGAGACCCCGCGUCAGGGAAGAAGGGCCACUUCAGCCAGGUGAAGACCCCACACAACCCCUUGGACUCCAGCGCCCCGCUGAUGAAGAAGGGGAAGCAGAGGGAGGUCCCCAAGGCCAAGAAGCCGACGUCAUUGAAGAAGAUUAUUUUGAAAGAACGGCAGGAGAGAAAGCAGCAGCGUCUCCAAGAAAACGCCGUGAGCCCGGCUCCUGCCAGUGACGCCGCGCUGGACGGAGAGAGUGGUGGCGACGAGGCCCUGGAACAAGCCGAGCCCUCAGAGGGGACGGAGGAGUCGGCGGCCCCCACUCCCACGGGGCAACGCAAGUCAGAAGAGCCGCCGGGAACCGAGCCCCAGAAGGAGGCGGACGGCCUCUGCCUGGUCCCCGACGGCGCUGGCUGCCCCAGGAUCCACAGCCGGAGAUUCCGGGAUUACUGCAGCCAGAUGCUGAGCAAGGAGGUGGACGCCUGCGUCACGGACCUGCUCAGAGAGCUGGUGCGCUUCCAAGACCGGAUGUACCAGAAGGAUCCGGUCAAGGCCAAGACCAAGCGCCGGCUGGUGCUGGGGCUGAGGGAGGUGCUCAAGCACCUGAAGCUCAGGAAGCUGAAGUGCAUCAUCAUCUCCCCCAACUGUGAGAAGAUUCAGUCGAAAGGCGGGCUGGACGAUACCCUGCACGCCAUCAUCGGUUACGCCUGCGAGCAGAACAUCCCUUUCGUGUUCGCUCUCAACCGCAAGGCUCUGGGGCGCAGUUUGAACAAGGCCGUCCCUGUCAGCGUGGUGGGCAUCUUCAGCUACGACGGGGCCCAGGACCAGUUCCACAGGAUGGUGGAGCUGACGAUGGCCGCCCGGCAGGCGUACAAGACCAUGCUGGAGAACGCACGCCAGGAGCUGGCGGGGGAGCCUGGGCCCCCCGCCCCGGGCAGCCCGCCCCCGCAGGGCCCCCCUGCUCCUGCUGCCGGGAGAGAGGAGCCGCGCUACAUGGAAAUCUGGAGAGAACACCUAGAAGCCUACAGUCGGGGUGCCCUGGAGCUGGAGGACUCUCUGGAGGCUUCAACCUCGCAAAUGAUGAACCUGAACUUAUAGGAAGACUCCUCGGGGUGUGUUGUGUAUUUGGGGUGAGGAAGGGGGGUGUGGAAGACUCUGGGGCCUUCUUCACAGUUCUUCUUGGCCUCGUGUAUUCUGUGUGGCUGUUCGAUUGGGAGGCGAAUCCGAGAUGUGCAUCCCGGGGACGGGCGUUCGGGUGUGCUGGCGGGAACCUUUCCAAAAAUUCCGAAGUCGUGGCUUUGGGUCUCUGAGCACGCGGAGUCUGGAAAGGACUGGAACGUGUGUGCUGCUCGGAGUUCUUUGCCGUGAAGGAACCUCCUCCGAUGUGGCAGAGCUGAGCCACGUUCGUUUGUGGAAGGAGCCGCGGGGUCACGGCCGGGCCGCUGCUCUUGGCUGCCGACCCAGCAGGGCCGCAAAGCAGUAGCCGGGCGGGGCGGGGCCGCUUUUGAGGCAGGGGACUUGCUACUUGCUGGGGACCUGGCUUUCUGGCUGGAAGAUGUGGGGAUACUUGGAGGAUUUGCUAAAAUGAGCCUCAGAGGGAAAAUUACUUCUUUAAUCUGUGACCUCUUGAUACGGAUUAUUCCUUUUUGUCUUUAUUUUUCAAAGAAGUGAUGUAUAUUGAAGUUCCUAAAUUUCAGUUUUGAUAAUCUACAAAUCCUUUCUUUCUCUCGUAAACGAACAUAUUGUGGCCGUGGUUUCUGUCUGGGAGGCCAGCAGGAUGUUGCCCGCGUGCUCUCCUGUAGGAGGGCGUAUUUAUUUGGAAUAAAGAGCGAUGAUUUGAGA